GGGCAUUCCUUUGCUCGAUCUUCUCAUCAAGCAUGAGGCAACGGUAGCACAUCGAUACUUCGCUUUAAAGGCACACACGGACCAGCACGCGCUCUCCGCCUCACACUACCAAGCAUGCAGAAGCUGCCCGCUUUGCUCGUCUUCGUCGUCCUCCUCACCUCCCUGCCAUCUCGCUGCCUCUCUUUCCAUGACUCCGACGACAUAGACUACUGGUGCAGCAACAUGCCGCACCCGGAGCCGUGCCGCUACUACCUCGGCAACAACCCACACGUCGAGAUCCCCAAGGACACGGCCCAGUUCUACCAGGUCUCCCUCCGCCUCGCCUUCGACCUCACCGUCCGCGCCCAAAGCCAGCUCAAGCGCCGCGGCCCCGCGUGCCGCCAAGCCCGUGAGAGGACCGCCUGGCUCGACUGCUGGAAGCUCUACGACAACACCGUCCUCCAGCUCAACCGCACCCUCGACGCCCCGCACGGCGCCUGCACCGCCUUCGACUCCCAGACCUGGCUCAGCGCCGCCCUGACCAACCUGCAGACCUGCCUCACGGGCUUCAAUGACACCGGCACCUCGUCGGAGAUCAUCGAGCCGGUCACGCGGUACAACGUCUCCGACCUCAUCAGCAACUGUCUCGCCAUCAACCGGCCGGCCGCCGCCGCUGCCGCGACGAACGUGUCGACGACGACUGACCGCGGAAGGGUUUCGAGCUGGAUGAUGAUCGCUAACAGGCGGCUCCUGCAGCUCUCCGCCAGCGCCGACCUCGUGGUGGCCAAAGAUGGGUCGGGAAACUUCCGAACCAUCAAGGAAGCUCUCGACGCCGCCGCGGCAAGGAUGCAGAGCGGAAGGCUAUCCAAGUUCGUGAUAUACGUCAAGGCCGGUGUGUACAACGAGUACGUGCAGGUAACCAGUAGCUUAAGCAAUCUCGUGAUGCUUGGCGACGGCAUUGGAAAGACCAUCAUCACCGGAAACAGGAGCGUCGCUAGUGGCUAUACCACCCUCAGCUCUGCAACCUUCAGUGUGUUCGGUGACGGAUUCAAAGCGAGUGGCAUCACGUUCAGGAACACGUUUGGUCCAGGAUCACAGGCGGUGGCGCUUCUGUCGGCGUCGGAUCUCUCUGUCUACUACCGGUGCAGCAUCGAGGGAUACCAGGACACGCUGUUCGUCUACAGCCAGCGGCAGUUCUACAGGGAGUGCGACAUACACGGCACGAUCGACUUCAUCUUCGGCAAUGCAGCGGUGGUGCUCCAGCGCUGCAACAUCUACGCAAGGCGGCCUCGGCACGGCGAGUCCAACGUCAUCACGGCGCAAGGCCGCAGCGACCCCAACCAGAACACCGGCAUCGUGAUCCAGUUCUCCAACAUCGAGCCGGCGGCCGAGCUGCUGCCGGUGCGGAAGACCGUGAGGUCGUACCUGGGGCGGCCGUGGAUGCAGUACUCCCGCACGCUCUUCCUGCAGAGCUACAUCGACGGCAUCAUCGACCCCGCCGGGUGGCUACCGUUCAACGGCAAUUUCGCGCUGAACACGCUGUACUACGGCGAGUUCGAGAACACCGGGCCGGGGUCGAGGAUGUCGAAGCGGGUGAAGUGGCCGGGGUACCAUGUGAUCCAGCGGCGGUCGAUCGUGCGGCCGUUCACCGUAGGGCGGUUCAUAGCCGGCCGUUCAUGGAUCCCGUCGACGGGCGUGCCGUUCGACCCGAGCUUGUAGCUCGCUCGACAGCUCGACAUUCUUACUAGAAUAGCUUUUCUUGCUGAUUGCUGAAGGAUCUCCCUUGUGCACUCGCCAUUAGAACAUGAGAUUUGGCUGAAUUCUUGCAUUAGCGUUUCGUUUCAUGUCGUCUCGAUCUAAAACAGGAACAUGUGAGUCGUGGAUCUUGCUUGCUGUUCUUUCGCUGAAA